AUGACAACAACUUCAUCAUCAUCGGCUGGUUCAACGACCUUCUUUAAAAACCUCUCGAUCGGUGCUGCCUCUGGAUGCAUUGCUGCCUGUACAAUUUUUCCUCUGGAUCUGUUGAAAACUAAAAUUCAAUCAUCAUCGGGUCAACAAUCUAUCCCACAAAUUAUUCGGGAUACCAUUCGUCCAGAUAAUGGAGGAUUGAGAGCAUUAUAUCGUGGACUUGCUCCAAACUUGGUUGGAAUUAUGCCUGAGAAGGCAAUCAAGUUGGCUGCUAAUGAUUUCUUCCGAUCUUUCUACAGUAGUAAAUUUGUUGGAAAUACUGUUAAACAACAAGGACAACAAAUUCAACAAUUGCCAUUGUGGAUUGAAGUGUUGAGUGGAGGCAGUGCUGGUGCUUGUCAAGUAGUGGCAACAACUCCUAUGGAACUUUUAAAAAUUAAUGCACAAAUGGCUGGAAAGAAUCACUCAACCAUUGCAUUUAUCAAACAAGUCGGUUUGACUGGAAUGUACAAGGGUUUAACGGCCACAUUGAUGAGAGAUGUGCCAUUCAGUAUGAUUUACUUCUCUAUGUAUGCUCGUGUCAAGAAUUAUUAUAGAGCUCAAUCUCAACGAGAAUAUCUUCCAUUGCCAAAAGUUUUGUUGUCAUCCAUUAUUGCGGGUACAUUCGCAGCUGCUUUAGCAACACCAAUGGAUGUCAUUAAGACUCGUCUCCAAUAUGCUGGAAGCUCUGGAACUCAGGGGAUGACCUAUAUUCAAGCUGCUAAAUACUGCUACACUAACAAGUUACUCUGGAAAGGCACAUUACCAAGAGUUUUAAUCAUUUCACCAUUGUUCGGUAUUACGUUAUUAUGCUAUGAAGGUUUCCAAAAGCUGUUGGGAAUCACAACUGUGUAA